AUGUGCGUCCACCGCCUCUACAUCUACGCCGUGUGCGGCCACAGUGUCCUGUCGCAAAAGGCAGAAGUCGAAUGUCUGAACGCUUCGAUACCUCCGGAUGGCUCUUCCUCAACGACGUGCGACUUGGUCCACCAUCCGUACCAAAGCUAUAGGAUCGCUUCACUGUGCCUGAAUUGUCAGCAAACACGAAAGAGGCUGCUGAAGCGUAUCGAGGCAUCACAGGCCAUCUCAUUCGACGAGGCCAAGUGGAAGGUCAGCUACGGCAUGCCGACGAGCGGGCUGGACUUCUGGGGCAAGAAGGCGCAAGAGCGACAGCGCCUCGAGAAUGAGAGUCUGAGGACGGCGAAGAAAGCGAAGAGUGUGCGGUUCUCGUGGAGAAGAAGACGGAGAAGUGAGAAUGAAAGUGUGUUCGCGGAUGCAGCGAGCUCGACGAGAACGAGAAACUGA